AAUCAGAGAUAGUCAGGGGCGGGACUUCUCUGAUUGGCCGUGGUCCAGAUAUUUCUGUAGCUCUUCUUGUCUACAUUUGAAAGUGCGGCGGAUAGAGGGAGUUAUCAUUGGAGACGAUGCUUGACACGUACACACUGACAUACGUCCACAGACGUAGACCUCCAUUUGUGGUCGUAGGAUGUUUCCAGGUGAUUUUGUUUGUCAUGCACAUUGCUCAGCUCAUCAUGGGAGCAUUGAACCUCCAUGACUGUCCCAGGGAGCCCUUUAUUCCCAUCUACCUGCUGGUGGUUGGAGUGGUGACCUUGCUGUUCUCCAUCCUUCAGUGUCUCCACAACUGCAGGAGCGCCUGGAGCUGCCUCGUUUCACUCUUCGUCUUCUGCUGGUUCAUUGCUGGAAACGUGUGGAUCUACUCCGUCUAUGAGCCCAACUACAAUAAGACAGCGAGCCCACAUAUGUACUGCGACAAAACACUCUACCUGUUUGCCUUCUGGACCAUGAACCUGAACUACAUCCUUUUAGGCUUCUCGCUCUUCUGUCCCUGUUGCUCGUGCUUUUUUGUUUUGCCUUUACCCUAUGGUGAAUAAACAAAAAGCAAUGAA